AUGAGCCCCCCAGUCCUCGAACGAGUCCGAAGCAUCAUACACAGGGCCAAAACCACCGCAAAGCUACGGAGAAGGUCGACUAUAAGUGUCAGCACCCAGAAGCAAUCGAUCUGGAGAAGACUCCCAGACAGCGUUCUGGUGAAAGUCCUCGCGCAAUGCGAGCUACAGGACAUCUAUUCCCUCCUGCUCUCCUGUCGCAUCCUGCGCCGCAGAGUCUCUCGCCUCGAAUAUGCCAUCUCCCAGGCCUAUCUCCAUCACCGGACCCAGCCAUCGCAGUAUAUCACCGAGACGGGCCAUGAGCUCGUUCCCUCCGUCGGCGACGACCUAACCUUCAUCGCCAGUCUAUUCCCCCCGCCGCCACCCCAGUACACCUCCACCGGGGUCGGGGAUGACCUCCCCGAGUACUCCUUCGGGUAUCUAGCCGACCUCACCCGCUGCUGGAAGACAUGCAUCAAGCUAUCGUACUACCUGGCCGAGUACGUAGUCCACCAGCACCUCGUGAAAGACGCCUCGUGGUCCUCGAAGACCGAAAAAGAGGUCGGCUACAGCAAAGGCGUCGGACUCCUCCAGUCCCGUCUCCUAUCUCCCGUCGCAUAUAUUAUUUUCUUCCUUGAAACUCACGCCUCCGAACCCCAGCCUUCAAUCAGGGCUACUAGUUCACGGCAUCAGGCCCAGCAGUCCAUCCUCCAACAGCCCCCCUUCGCCAACACCCAGACCCUCCUCGCCACCCACCACGCUAUGCACCUCCUCUGCUCGUCCGUCCGCCACCUCAUGGCCCCGGACAUCACCGCCGCCUCGGCCGAGGCUGGCUCGCUCUCCUCCUGA